CUAGGCCAAGCAGACAAGGUCAGCUCAUAUCUGCUGUGCCGUUUUCACGCUUCCUACUCCUCCUCCGGCAACUUAUCUCUCUAUCUAUCUAUCUAUCUGCCAUUCUCAACUCUCUCUUUCACGGUUUCUCUAUCGAAAAUCUCUCAUACAUGCGAUUCACUUCACUAUAAUCUCUAUAACUAUUGGUGAUUGUGUAAGAUCCUCAACUGACUUGCUCCCUAGGAUCCUUCCUGCUUCAAUCCAAUCCACAAUCUUGAUCUAUUUUCAUUAACCCCUUCCUUUUGCUUCAUUCAAACACAAUAAUGCCCGGGGAAUCCUCCUCCUCCGAACAACUGGAACAAGAUGAUUCCGAAGUCGAAUUCGUCGAGAUUGAUCCUUCUGGUCGUUAUGGUCGGUACAAGGAGGUUCUAGGAAAGGGUGCAUUUAAGAAAGUGUAUAGAGGGUUUGAUGAAUGUGAAGGAAUUGAAGUAGCUUGGAAUCAAGUUAAGGUUGCAGAUCUAUUGAAGAACGCUGUAGACAUGGAGCGAUUGUAUUCUGAAGUUCAUUUACUUAAGACUCUUAAGCAUAAGAAUAUAAUGAAGUUCUAUAACUCAUGGGUAGACACCAAGAAUCAGACUAUCAACUUCAUCACCGAGAUAUUCACUUCCGGGACAUUGAGACAAUAUCGAACGAAGCAUAAACAGGUAGAUUUGAGAGCAUUGAAGAAAUGGUCCCGUCAAAUAUUAGAAGGCCUUUCCUACCUUCAUAGUCAUGAUCCACCCAUCAUUCAUCGUGACCUUAAGUGUGACAAUAUUUUUGUCAAUGGAAAUCAAGGUGAGGUGAAAAUUGGAGACUUGGGACUCGCUGCUAUACUUCUUCAUGCACGUUCAGCUCACAGUGUAAUUGGUACUCCCGAAUUCAUGGCACCAGAACUUUACGAGGAGGAAUAUAAUGAGCUUGUAGAUGUCUAUGCAUUUGGGAUGUGCUUGCUUGAACUGAUUACGUUUGAGUAUCCAUAUGCUGAAUGUAAUAAUGCUGCUCAAAUCUACAAGAAAGUGACAUCUGGUAUCAAGCCUGCAUCACUAGCAAAAAUAAAGGAUCUUGGAGUGAGAUCAUUUAUUGAGAAGUGUAUUGCAAAAGUCUCAGACCGUUUGCCUGCAAAAGAACUUUUGAUGGAUCAUUUUCUGCAGUCUGAUGAAGAUAAUGAAAAUGCCACUAAUUCAUUACCAUCUAAUCCUCCUAGUGGAACUGAUGAAAAGGAUUCCAAUCAGGAAGUAAGUCGAGACUUCAUGGUGCAGGGGCAAAGGAGGGAUAUAAACACAAUUUUUCUGAAGCUGAGGAUCGCAGAUUCCACAGGUAAUUUUCGGAACAUUCAUUUCCCUUUCGACAUUGAAGUCGACACAGCGACAGCUGUCGCCAGCGAGAUGGUUGAGGAGCUGGACCUCACCGAUCAAGAUGUAACAACUAUAGCAGAAAUGAUCGACACAGAAGUUCGUUCUCACAUACCUGAUUGGGAGCCCAUCGAACUUUCCAUAGAACAUAAUAGGGACGCAACAAUUUCCGAGAGCUUGUCCCUAGAAUCUAAAAGUGAUUCUUCUCCCAGCAGUUUGGUACUUGAACGGUUACCCUCUGGUAGAAAAUACUGGUCACUGUCACCCAAAUUAGCCAAUGAGAAUUCUCCAGAUCAAUUAGGAUUUUCAAAAUUAUCUAUUGAAGAAUCUUCUUCUCUUAAGGAAGAAGAAUCAGUUGCUGAAGAGGAUGAUGAUGAUAAUAAAAAGGCAAAAAUAGUUGCAGAGAAACUCGAUAAUCUGUUUGUUGAGCAGCAAAAGGAAUUGGAUGAGCUGAGACAGAGGCAUGAAUUGGCAAUUGAAAAUCUCAUCAAGGAACUAACUCCAGAGUUGCGUGAGAAGGCCUUUAGUUAUUGUAUGAGGAAUCCCCCUGAGAAAAGAUUUAAUCUAAUGUCCUAAAGCCAAUGUUUUCUAGGAAGUAGAGAAAAGAAUAGUAAUUAGCCAUAUCAUAUGGUAAAUUUCAUGGUUGUGCAGUUGUUAUGUCUUGAAGGUUGGUCGGCAUUUUCUGGUACGAGUUAGACCCGUUAACUGCAGGUGAAUAUUUUUCUUCCUUUUUUUUGUGCUGUAAACUUUAUAUGAUGUGUAGCUAGAUUUGCUGCAAAUUGUGAAAACUAUAUGAGAUUGUAUACAUACCUGUACAUUUGGUUCAUGGUUUUUGUGAACUGAUAGAUUGAUUGAUAUAGCAGGGGAAAAGGGAUAGUUCAUA